AUGAUGAGCACCAAGGCCUUCACCUUGGUCUCUGCCGUGGGCUGGGAGCUGCUAGCAGGCGACAAGGAGCGCGUGCACGUAGAAUGCGUGGAGUGCUGCGGGAAGAACCUCUACGUGGGCACCAGGGACUGCGUCGUUCACCACUUCCUAUUGGAGGAGCGGGCGCUGCCCACCGGGACGGCCACCUUCUCUGCCGCCAAGCAGCUGCACCGGCACCUGGGCUUCCGGAAGCCAGUGAAUGAGCUGCGAGCGGCCUCGGCCCUCAACAGGCUGCUGGUGCUCUGUGACAACUCCAUCACCCUGGUCAACAUGAUGAGCCUGGAGCCCGUCCCCUCAGGGGCGCGCAUCAAAGGGGCCGCAGCGCUGGCCUUGAACGAGAACCCUGUGAACGGAGACCCAUUCUGCGUGGAAGUCUGCAUCAUCUCGGUCAAGCGCAGGACCAUCCAGCUGUUCCUGGUGUACGAGGACCGGGUUCAGAUCGUCAGGGAGGUGUCAACGCCGGAGCAGCCCCUGGCCGUGGCUGUGGACGGCCACUUCCUGUGUUUGGCUCUGACCACACAGUACAUCAUCCUGAACUACAACACGGGCUUCUCCCAGGACCUAUUUCCUUACUGCAGCGAGGAGAAGCGCCCCAUCGUCAAGAGGAUCGGGAGACAGGAGUUCCUCCUGGCAGGUCCCGGAGGACUGGGCAUGUUUGCCACAGUUGCUGGCAUAUCUCAGCGAGCCCCUGUGCACUGGUCGGAGAAUGUGAUCGGGGCAGCCAUUUGCUUCCCAUAUGUCAUAGCGCUCGAUGAUGAAUUCAUCACGGUGCACAGCAUGUUGGACCAGCAGCAAAAGCAGACCCUGCCCUUUAAGGAAGGCCACAUUCUACAGGAUUUUGAAGGAAGAGUGAUUGUCGCCACAAGUAAAGGAGUUUACAUCUUGGUUCCCUUACCCCUGGAAAAGCAAAUACAGGAUCUUCUAGCAAGCCAUAGAGUGGAAGAGGCUUUGGUUUUAGCAAAAGGAGCCCGGAGGAAUAUUCCAAAAGAAAAAUUUCAGGUAAUGUACAGAAGGAUUCUGCAGCAGGCCGGGUUUAUACAGUUUGCACAACUUCAGUUCCUGGAAGCUAAAGAGCUCUUCAGAAGCGGCCAGCUUGACGUCCGGGAGCUGAUCUCUCUCUACCCCUUCCUGUUGCCCACCUCCUCCUCAUUCACACGGUCCCAUCCUCCUCUCCACGAGUACGCAGACCUGAACCAGCUGACCCAGGGGGACCAAGAGAAGAUGGCCAAGUGCAAGCGCUUCCUCAUGAGCUACCUGAACGAAGUCCGCAGCACAGAGGUCGCCAAUGGCUACAAAGAGGACAUCGACACGGCCUUGCUCAAGCUGUACGCGGAGGCCGACCACGACAGUCUGCUGGACCUCCUGGUCACCGAGAACUCCUGUCUUCUGACAGACAGCGCUGCCUGGCUGGAGAAGCACAACAAGUAUUUUGCACUUGGACUGCUCUAUCAUUAUAAUAACCAAGACGCUGCUGCUGUUCAGCUCUGGGUGAACAUUGUGAAUGGGGACAUUCACGACUCCACUCGCUCAGACCUGUAUGAGUAUGUCGUCGACUUCCUUACCUACAGCUUAGACCAGGAACUUGUGUGGAAGUAUGCUGAUUGGGUCCUGCAGAAAAGCGAGGAGGUUGGAGUUCAAGUUUUCACCAAGAGACCUUUGGAUGAACAGCAGAACAAUUUCAAUCCAGACAGUGUAAUCACUUGCCUUAAGAAAUACCCUAAAGCCCUUGUGAAGUACCUGGAACAUCUAGUCAUAGACAGGAGCCUGCAGAAGGAAGAGUACCACACGCAGCUGGCCCUCCUCUACCUGGACGAGGUGCUGCAGCAGAAGUCCGGUGCAAGCAGCAAGGCUGAGGAAGCCUCAGAGAUACAGCUAAAGCUCCAGCACCUGCUCCAGAAGUCUGAUUUGUACUGCGUCCACCUGCUGAUAGAUAGAAUCCGGGGCGCCGGGCUCCCCAUGGAGAGCGCCAUCCUGCACGGGAAGCUGGAGGAGCACGAGGAGGCCCUGCGCAUCCUGGUGCACGAGCUGCGGGAUUUCGCGGCGGCCGAGGACUACUGCCUGUGGCGCUCGGAGGGCCGGGACCCGCUGUACCGGCAGCGGCUCUUCCACACGCUGCUGGCCAUGUACCUCCAGCCUGGCCCCGCUGUGCCUGAGCUGGCCGUGGCCGCCACGGACCUCCUGAACCACCACGCGGCCGACUUCGACGCCGCCCGCGUCCUGCCGCUGCUGCCGGGCACCUGGUCGGUGCAGCUGCUGCACCCGUUCCUGGCCGGGGCCGUCAGGAACAGCGUGCACGCCCGCAGGACCACUCAGGUGGCUCUGGGCCUGGCCAGGUCCGAAAACCUGAUCUACAAGUACGACAAGAUGAAGUUGAAAGGAAGCUCAGUUCAGCUCUCGGACAAAAAGCUCUGCCAGAUGUGCCAAAAUCCCUUUUGUGAGCCUGUGUUUGUUAGAUAUCCAAAUGGUGGGCUCGUCCACACCCAUUGUGCCGCCAGCAGACACACGAACCCCAGCUCCCCCGGCCCCGGCGCGCGGACUUGA